AUGGCGCAACUCCCGGGUAGGCCGGGGAACUUGACCCCCGAAGAGGAGGCUAAGCUGCGCAAGUUCUGGGAGAUGUUCUUGCACGUGUGCGGCGUCCUCGGCGAGGAGACGACGGGUAAGCCGGAAGCUACCCCGGAGCCUCAGGGGCAAACGGGCGCGACGGAGUCCGAAAAGCCUAAGAAAAAGCGCAUGUCGUUACCCUUCCGGAAGAAGGAAAAGGACAAGGGAACGGCAACCCCCCCCAGGCUUGCUGUCAUGGACGGCAUCAAGGAAAACGACCCCGAGGACAAAUGGGGCGAGAACAAGGCAUACUUCGACACGCUAGCCACCCAUCCGCCGGAGCAGAUCAGGGCUACCAUCUGGUCCAUGGUCAAGCAUGACCACCCCGAUGCUCUCCUCUUACGGUUUUUGCGAGCGAGGAAAUGGAACCUACAGAGAGCCCUGGUUAUGCUUAUGUCGACCAUGAACUGGAGAUGCUCCGAGGCGCGCGUCGACGACGAAAUCAUGGCAAAUGGCGAAGAAUUUGCCACCGCCAACGAGAAAAGCAGCGACCAGAAGAGUAAGAAACUCGCCGAAGACUUUCUCGCCCAGAUCCGCAUGGGGAAGAGCUACUGCUACGGCGUCGACAAGGCGGGGCGGCCCAUUUGCGUCGUCCGGGCCCGGUUGCACAAGGCAGGCGAGCAGUCGGAAGAAGGCCUCGAGAGGUUUACGGUAUACUUGAUCGAGACGACCCGGUUUAUGUUGAACCAUCCCAUCGACACCGCCUGCGUCCUAUUUGACCUCACCGGGUUUUCGUUAGCCAACAUGGACUACACCCCCGUCCGAUUUAUGAUAAAAUGUUUUGAGGCAAACUACCCCGAGAGCCUCGGCGUCGUCCUCGUCCAUAAGGCGCCGUGGGUGUUUCAAGGUAUAUGGAAGAUCGUCCGAGGGUGGCUCGACCCGGUGGUCGCGAGCAAGGUGCACUUCACGAACACGCUCAAAGACUUGGAGGAGUUCAUCUCCGCCGAGAGGAUACCUACGGAGUUGGAAGGCACGUCGGGCUACACGUACUCGUACGUCGAGCCGGUGCCUGGGGAGAACGCGAAGAUGAAGGACGUCGAGACGAAGGAGAAGCUCCUACGGGAGCGCGAGAUACUCUACGAAGAGUACGAGAGCCGGACGAUCGAGUGGAUUAGCGCCGACGCCCCCGAGAAGCGGGCUGCGAUCCACGAGGAGCGCGACGAGAUCGCCCGGAAACUGAGGGAACAGUACUGGCGCCUGGACCCUUACAUCCGGUCGCGGUCGUACUACGACAGGAUUGGCGUCAUUAAGCCCGGCGGGGAUCUCGAUUACUACCCCCCGAAGAUCACGCCAGCUACCAACGGGACGACAGCGGUGGUGUCGUUGACACCACCAGCGGGGGAGACGUCCGUCGACGACGUGGACUAA